AAAUGUUUUAACGAAAAAUCAUUAGUAGCAUUUGCUUCUAGGUCAUCUGGCCUUCUAAAAUAUCCUGUUGACGAGAGAUGCAGGUGCGUCCGGAGUUAUUUCGCUUCAAGGUGACACCCGUUGACAUCGCCGCUUGGUCACCAUUCAUGGAGAGCCAAUCAGACUCCGAGUGUACCUGCAGGAAGUUGACCUGCCCCGCUAUCUCCUCCCUCGCAGGGCUUUAGAUAGCCAAUGUUACCCUGUUCACCAACGGAUCUGUGCGAGUCAAUGGAACAAGAACCGCCGCGUCGCGGACAGCAUAACGCUUCAGAAACAGCGGCGUCGCAGCUCUUUUGGCGUAUUCAAAAAACAAACCUCAGACUCCUCACCGGAUAUACAAGUCAUGCAAUACCAGCACGCAGCGCCCGCAGCCAGCGCUGUUCCUCUUUACGCGCCGACCCCCGUGCAGCCCGUGCACCCUACACCGUUUUACAUUGACGACAUUCUGGGCAGAAAUGGCACUUCAGCGUCGUCUCCGGUUGUACCGACACCUACACUGCCAUCUCCAAACUCAUCGUUCACAAGUUUGGUGCCACCGUACCGGACCCCCAUCUACGAGCCAACGCCGAUCCACCCGGCUUUGCCGCACCCUGCUGCGCUCGCGGCUACAUACGCCUCCACCGCGUUCGGCGCCUCGCUCUAUCCGUUCCACCGCGCAGUUGGAGACUAUUCCCACGCGCUGAUGAGGCACGACCCCCUCGGCAAACCUCUCCUCUGGACUCCAUUUAUCCAGCGUCCUCUACACAAACGUAAAGGGGGGCAGGUGCGAUUCUCCAACGACCAGACCAUAGAGCUCGAGAAGAAGUUCGAGACUCAGAAGUAUCUCUCGCCACCGGAGCGGAAACGCUUGGCAAAGAUGCUUCAGUUGAGCGAAAGACAGGUGAAGACGUGGUUCCAGAACCGCCGGGCCAAAUGGCGACGCCUGAAACAGGAAAACCCGCAGGGCGGUAAACGUGAGCUGGAGACUGAAAGCGAGCAGCGCCAGGAUCUGAGCUCAAGUCCCCAACACGGCGGGGCGGAUCACUACCACCAGAGCGCCCUGUCCCCUCCGCGUUCACACGCAGAAAUCGAGUCUGACGUCUCUGACGACUCGGACCAAGAGUUGGAUAUCGAAGAGGACAUCGAGUUCUCAAUAAACCCGCAAAUAUGAAACUCACUGUAGCAGUGUAAAUAUUGUAUACUAUUUGUACAUUUAUAUACGAAUGUAGUCGAUUUUCUUUAAAUUGAUGAAGCAUAAUAACUAUCUUGGUUUAAGUCAUGGAGAAUGUAGCCUAAAUGUGUGUCUCAGUGUGUCAAAGAAUAUUUACUGUUUAAUUUUGAUAAUUUACGUGUAUCUUUUGUGACUUUCUGGUUGAGAUCAGGUUUAUGUCCUGAGCGACAGAAUGUACAUAUCUGUGUGAGUCAAUAAACCUACCUUACGCUCUA